AUGGCCUUCGACAAACGAACAUCAUCCCCCACCGUCUUCGAACAACAACGCGAAGAACUCGUUCGGGAAAUCGCAGUUGGCAUGGAGCAAGUCCUCCAAAACAUCAACCGUCUGAAUCGGAACCUGGAGAGUGUCAUUGCCGUUGGAAAUGAAUUCGGCUCUGUCGAGGCCCUCUGGUCUCAAUUUGAGAACUUCAUGGGCCGUCCGGACGCCCAGGAAACAGAAGGAAAUGCACCAGGCCAAGGUCAAGAGGAGACAGGGGGCAGUCAUGCUCCCGGUCAUAGCCCGAGUCACAGCCAGGAUAUGAGUUACGAAGAGGAGGAUACGGUUACGAAGUAA